GUCAGAGACGAGCGGAGCAGCAGGAGUGAGGAGAGGGAUGAGGCUCGGCUCGUUCUCUCCGAGGAAAGAAGUUCUUUAUCGUCUGCUUCCGCUUGUUGUUGUUGUUGUUGUUGUUGUUGUUGUUGUUGUUCCGGCUCUUCGUCCAGCCGGAGGAAUGUAGCGGCUCGGCGGCUCCACGAUGGAGGAACCAGCGACCAGAGAGUUUGAGAUGUCGCUGUCGGACGGAGCCUCGGACGACGACGACGACGACGACAUGAUGCCGCUGACGUUACCCACAGAGGGCAGCCAGGGCGGGAGCAUCCGCAAGGGCUGCGAUCCUCUGGCCCAGACUCAGCGCAGUAAACUGCAGCACAGACGCGCUCGCAUCAACCAGCAGAUCAACAAGGAGAUGCGCAUGAGAGCCGGAGCCGAGAACCUGUUCAGGGCGACGACCAACAACAAGGUGAGGGAGACCGUCGCCCUGGAGCUCAGCUUCGUCAACUCCAACCUGCAGCUGCUGAAGGAGGAACUGGAAGAGCUCAACAGCAACAUGGAGGUUUACCAGACGGACAGUGAGUCGGUCAACGUUCCCAUGAUCCCACUGGGCCUGAAGGAAACCAAAGAGGUGGACUUCACCGUGUCCAUCCAGGACUUCAUCUGCGAGCACUACGGGGAGGACAGCUCUCUGUACGACAAGGAGAUCACAGAGCUUAUGGAGCUCAGACAGGCCAUGCGCACGCCCAGCCGUAACCAGUCCGGACUGGAGCUGCUGAUGGAGUAUUACAACCAGCUGUACUACCUGGACCAGCGCUUCUUCCCUCCACACAGGAACCUCGGCGUCCACUUCCACUGGUACGACUCUCUGACGGGCGUCCCGUCGAGUCAGCGAGCGUUGGCCUUCGAGAAAGGAAGCGUGUUGUUCAACAUCGGCGCUCUGUACACGCAGAUCGGAGCGCGGCAGGACCGCUCCGCCGCAGCCGGAAUCGACCGAGCGAUCGACGCCUUUCAGCGUGCUGCGGGUGCGUUCAAUUACCUGAAGGAGAACUUCUCCAACGCUCCGAGUCUGGACAUGUGCGGCCCGUCGCUGUGCAUGCUGGUCCGGCUGAUGGUGGCCCAGGUGCAGGAGUGCGUCUUCGAGCGUGUGACGCUCACCACACCGGAAGCACACUUCCCUUCCCAACUGCGCCUGGCGCAAGAGGCCGCUCGGGUGUCGGACGUCUACUUGUUGGUGCAGCAGACCAUGACGCAGCCUCUGAUGAAGGACUACGUGCCGUUCUCGUGGGCGUCCAUGGUUCAGGUCAAAUCCGAACACUUCCGCGCUCUGUCGCACUACUACACCGCCGUCGCGCUCUGCGACCACACGUCGUCGGCCGAGGAAGAGGAGGAGGAGGAGGCAGAGAAGGCUUUCCUCCAGUUCUACGUCAGCAGUCCUGCCGGGCCUUUACUCAGCCAGGUUCUACGGGACCCGGAGAAGAGACGAAAGCUUGGCAAAGCUCACCUGCGGCGAGCGGUCAUCCGACACGAGGAGGCCAUGCGCGUCCACGGCCUGUGUAAGAUCCUGAGGAAGAUGGACAUCCUGCAGGACGUCCUGUCGCUCACACACAAACGCUCUCUGGACAAAUACUCUGAGCUGGACCGAGAGGACGACUUUGACGAAACCGCGGAGGCUCCGGAGAUACAGUCAGCUCAAACGCAACAGAAACCAGACAUCACUCCACCGAACUUCUCCACAGUCCAGGUGACCGACAUCUUUCAGAGACUGGGGCCUCUGUCCGUGUUCUGUGCUCGGGCUCGCUGGGGCCCGGUGCGAGUGAUCGGCCUGCAGGGGAGGGAGGGCGGCCUGGGCCUCACGCUCCGAGGAGACUCGCCCGUCCUGGUGGCCGGAGUCGUACCCGGAGGCUGUGCAGCGGAGGCAGGACUGAGGGAGGGCGACUACAUCGUGGCCGUGGACGGUCACGACUGUAAAUGGGCCAAACACAGCGAGGUCGUCCAGAUGCUGAAGGGCUGCAGCGACAGAGGGGCGGAGCUCAGCGUGGUCACUCUACACUCACAUGACACACAGCAGGCGGAGCGGCGGGCCAUCAUGCUGUCCCACUGCGGCGGCGACAAAGAAAACACCCGGCAGCAUCUGCUGGGCGGGGCCAAGGGCCAGAGCUCCGCCUCCCUUCUGAACUGGAACAGGAAGAAGAAGAGGGAAGGCGGCGGCGGAGUCUCCAAGAGACUGGGAAGCACUUUCAGUCUGUCGUUCGGAAGCGUCAGAGACACAGAAGCCAUGUACUGAGACACAGAGGACCGCAGAGGAAGCACUCAGGGAACCACAGCGCCCGGUACGACGACGGGGGGGCAUACGAGUAACACAAGCUCCCGUGUCGAUGGAGCGGGGCACGAGUCCGAGUUCGUUCCAGUGCUCAAAGCACAGUCCCAACGGAUCUGUGGCAACUUUUUGUGGCCAAUCAAAUAUACGGAAACCAGGUAGAAGAAGUUGUAGCAUGUAGCAUUGUGCUAAAGUUUACUUUGCACCGUCCUGGAGUCUAAAGCGUUUCAGAUGUGGGACACAACACAAGUAGGCAGAUAUAAAUUUACCCGGCGUGAUGCCGACAGGUACGAGUGGCGCGGUGGCCCGGCCUCUGCUCCCCAGUCGACUCCACGACCAGAGGGCAGAGUUCAGUCUGAGCUGCCACUCAAAUUUUAUGGAUUCUUUCUUGAUCCACGUUUCAUCCUUUCACCAAAUUUACCGGAAAUCUGUUCUGUAGCGCUGCAACAGUUAAUCGAUUAGUGAUCCACUACUAAAUCAAUCGCCAACUAUUUUGAUAAUCGAUUAAUCGGUUCAAGUAGUUUUUAUGAGAAACAUUUUUUGGGGAU